AUCCACGAUGUAGAGAAGAGAGUGUCUGAUCUCUGAUGUUUAAUUAACCCCCACGCCAAAACAAAAUAACAAAGCGACUGCGAUACGGCCACCGGCGCGCACAUGCAACAGCUCGUACGUCGUGCGAUACUACGAUAAUAUGCCGAUUACCGACAUUGACGAAUUCAUAAUUCGUAUUGCUUGAGUCAAAGUGAAACGAAAUGGGACUUUGAAUUUCUACCACACACACGGAUUCCGCGUGUUCGUUGUUCAAGCCAUCAUAUUUCAGUCAUUUUAGUAUACUCGUGUAUGAUUUAAGUUGGCCAAGCUGCUACACGGACUCCAGCGUCCAGACCAAAGAGGUUCAAGAAAUAGCUGCUUAACUGCUUGUGCGCUUACAUUGUCGUCAGUCGUCAUUGUUCAAACAUUCUGUCGAGGGACGUCCAUAUCCUUUGUUUAAGAUCUGUCAACAAUCUAUCCGCCAUUUAAUAUCAUGUCUGAUAACCUGCCCAGAAACUAUAAUGAAUACGACCAUGUACCAAGUACUUCGAGUGUCAACACACCUCACAGCCGCUCACCUGAAAUAUUUAAUCAUGGUUCUAUCUACAGUUUAGACUCAACAAAUGACAAAACCCAAGAAAUUACAAGACACAAGAGUGUUACGCCUUCAAACACAGCUAAACCAAGUGCUUUAAAUAAGAAAAAAACUUCAAAAUCUGAUUUAAAUUCAUCCGGGAUUAAAGUUAUUAGAUGUUCAGAACAAAGUCUCGACAAUGUAGAUGCCGCUAUAUCCAAUGCAGAAAAUGUUUUAAAAAGUAUUGAAAAGAGUCCAAUAGAUCGAAAUACUACAAUGUUCAAAAAUCUUUGCCUAUCAGAAAACGAAGAAGUUUGUGAAGAUAUUGUUCUUACUGGUUGUAAAAAAAAGCGGAAAAAAUCAAGAGAUGAAAACCCUUCAAUUAGAAAAUAUACUCAAAAAGUUUCAAGUCGUAUCGUAAAUAAUGGUAGUUCAAGUAGCAAAAUGGAAACUGAUAUGGACAACAUAAAUAUAAACUCUCCUGUUGACAUCGAAGAAGAGUCUAAUGAUAGUUUGGAUUCCACUUCAACAACUACUGUGGUUCCUAACUUGGUAAUGUCAACUCCCAAAACUAAAAAUAGAGUAAAGAAAAAUUCUAAUAGUUUAUUAUCUUCUAAUUCUUACCGUGACUUUAGACUAACACAAUCUAAAGAUACUGCAUCUAUAACAUUUCCGUCUAUUUUAGAAAAUUGUGAUCCAGCAUACCAAUACAUAGUUUCUGAUAGAAGAGUACAAGAUUUUAUAAGAAAUGCAAAAAUGAUGGAACCUGAUGAUGAAGUGAAUGCCUAUGACCCAACAGAAAUAGAAGAAAUUAUUAAUGAUGAAAUAAUUUUAGGUACACACUACUAUUUAGUGAAGUGGAAAAAAUGGUCUAGAGGAUUUAAUACAUGGGAACGAUACGGUGCUCUAUAUAAUUCACAAAAACUCAUACUUAAAUAUAUUGAUAAUAAAAAGACUGAUGAACAUGUAAAUAGAUCUAAAUAUGUAAAUGGAAUAGAACUUAUGAUGUCUAGAAAAAUGAUUUCCAUGAUAUUUGAAAUAUUCAGAACUGAGACUGGAUUAUGUCUGGUAGGAAUUUUACCUGAAGUUAUAACUGGGGUGCUUAAUAGUCACGAAGAUGGUCCUAUUCGAAAACAAACAUUACAACUUCAUUCCCUUCAAAAUUUUUUGACUUCAAUUUCUUUGGGUUACUUUAGACAACAACAGUUGAGCAAACUCCAACUUUGGGAAAUUGAAAUUAAUGCAAUGACUAAAAGUUCUCAGAUUAAAGUAGUAAAUAACAUGGACCUUGAAGGACCACCAGAUUUUUUUGGAUACAUUAAGGAUUAUCUUCCUCAAAAGAACAUUAUUAUACCAGAUGAUCCUCCUAUUGGAUGUUCUUGUAGAAGAAAUUGUCUAUCUCCUGAAGAAUGUUGCUAUGAAAUGUCGGGUUGUUUAAAAGCCUAUGAUAAUAAUAAGAAAAUAGUGGUACCUCCUGGUAAUCCAGUAUUUGAAUGUAAUAAAAAAUGUAUAUGUACAGAGGCUUGCCCUAAUAGAGUGGUCCAACUUGGUAGCAAAGUAAAUAUUUGUAUUUAUAAGACAAGCAAAUAUGGCUGGGGUAUUAAAUCUGCCCAAGACAUUCAAAAAGGACAAUUUGUUGGUAAAUAUAUUGGUGAAAUUAUCACAGUUAAAGAAUCUGAACAACGUUUAAAAAAAGGGACGUCUUCAUUGGACAAUAUGUGGAACUUGGACUUUGAUGAUUCACAAAACUAUAAAUAUAUCAUUGAUGGUACACAUUUUGCAAAUUUCACAUAUUUUAUAAAUCAUUCAUGUGAUGCAAACUUAAACGUUUAUGCUGUAUGGAUUAAUUGUCUUGAUAGAAAUCUUCCAGAGUUGGCCUUAUUUGCUAGUAGAGAUAUUUCGGCUGGUGAACAGCUUACAACAGAUUAUUUUUCUCGGUGUAAUCAAGAUACUUUGAAAAAAAAUGGCACUAGAUGUCAAUGUGAUAUGAAAAACUGCCAAGGCUAUUAUUUUUAAGUUUAAAAUUACAUUUUUAUGAUAAGUUUAUCAUACAAAACAUAUUAUUUAGCAAUAUUAACCUAUCCUUUAUAUUUAUUAUAAGUUUAAUACUUAAUGAUAAUUUUAUUGAUAAAGUUAAGUUAUAGACUAUAGAUUUAAUUGUAUUUUUUUACUGAUCAUAUUUUACAAAUUUAUGUAGAACAUUUUAUGUAAUUGAUAAAAAUUUUGUAUAAUUUGACUAUAUAAUAUAUUUAAGUUAUGUAAAA